CCCUCCUGCCUGCUCGCCUUCGUGAAAAGAUACGAUGAAAUCGCUCGAGCUCGCCAUCGUCAUCAUCAGCGCCGCCCUGUAAAGAGAGAAAGAGAGGGAGAGGGAGAGAGAGAGACCCCCUCCCCACCUAACAACAACCCCAACCCCGCAGGCUCGAACACAACGACCCCACCCCCCAACCCCCUCUGUGAGAGGGGACGGAGCGACAGACACAGUCACGGAGAAAAGACCGUUUCGGGAUCCCGGCUCUGUUUCGCCCUCAAUCCGGGCCUAAUGCUGUAGCAGACAGCGCGGGAGGAGAGCGCGAGUGAGAGACAACGCAGUGACAGAGUCGGCGAGGGACAGGGCGGACCGGGGAGACGACGGGAUUGCUUAUUCGCCUGGAAACAUGGGAUGUACACUGAGCGCCGAGGAGCGCGCAGCUCUGGACCGGAGCAAGGCCAUCGAGAAAAACCUGAAGGAGGACGGGCUGGUCGCCGCCAAGGACGUCAAGCUGCUCCUGCUUGGCGGCGGAGAGUCCGGCAAAAGCACCAUCGUCAAACAGAUGAAGAUUAUCCAUGAAGAUGGCUUUUCUGGGGAUGAUGUGAAGCAGUAUAAGCCUGUGGUCUACAGCAACACCAUCCAGAGCUUGGCAGCCAUCCUUCGAGCCAUGGAUUCCCUGGGUAUCGAGUUUGGAGACAAGGACCGAAAAGCUGAUGCUAAGCUGGUCUGCGAUGUGGUCAGUCGUAUGGAGGACACAGAGCCGUACUCUGCCGAGCUUCUCUCUGCUAUGAAGCGUGUAUGGGCCGAUGCUGGCACUCAGGAGUGCUUUAACCGUGCUCGAGAAUACCAGCUUAAUGACUCUGCUCAAUACUACCUGGACAGUCUAGACCGGAUCGGGGCAGCAGACUACCAGCCCACAGAGCAGGAUAUCCUGAGAACCCGAGUGAAGACCACCGGCAUUGUCGAAACCCACUUCACCUUCAAAAACCUCCAUUUCAGGCUGUUUGAUGUUGGAGGUCAGAGGUCAGAGAGGAAGAAGUGGAUCCACUGCUUUGAGGAUGUGACAGCCAUCAUCUUCUGCGUUGCUCUGAGUGGAUACGACCAGGUGCUCCAUGAAGACGAAACAACUAACCGCAUGCAUGAAUCACUGAUGCUCUUUGACUCCAUCUGCAACAACAAGUUCUUCAUCGACACCUCCAUCAUCCUCUUCCUCAACAAGAAAGAUCUGUUUGCCGAGAAGAUAAAGAAGUCACCGUUGACGAUCUGUUUUCCAGAAUACACAGGUGCUAAUACUUACGAAGAUGCUACUGCAUAUAUUCAGGUUCAGUUCGAGAGUAAGAACCGAUCUCCCAACAAGGAGAUUUACUGUCACCUGACCUGUGCCACAGACACAGGAAACAUCCAGGUAGUGUUUGAUGCUGUCACUGACAUCAUUAUUGCAAACAACCUUAGAGGGUGUGGCUUAUACUAAAGCCUGGCCAGAAGCACAGAGGUUGUCGUGGAGUGUGUGAGAUGUUAAUAAUGAUAAUUUUGAUGAUACUUAAAACACAUAAAUAUGUAAUUCUACACGUCCAAAUGGACCCAAAGAGCUGCCGUCAGACACCACACUGGAUUAUUGCCAUGAUUUGUUCCCUUCCUCUUAUUUUGAUUUAAGUAUAACUCCCCAGUUUUGUCUUUUAAAAUGUGUUUUUGAGCUGAAUGUUUCAUGUUUUGUUGAUGACUGUCAACAACUGGGAAGGCCAGAAGCACCAGGGGUUUAUUCAGCUGAAGCCUUGUCCUGAAAAAGUCUGCAAAGCCAAAAAUGUGACACGGGGAGUGAGCAAGAUCACUUGUAAACACAGCACAGGCCCGUCCUUAGUGGCUAAUCUUGAGGCAUUAAAAUCCAAACUGAAUAUGGCUUCUGGUGCUCUGUUUCAAGAGCUGCUGUGUGCGUGAAGGUGAAGAUGAUGAUGAUGGUAUCAGGGAGGUGCUGUACUCGUGGCUGAGGGUCAUGGAUGGAAAGAAGGAGGCUGUUUUAAACUUUCCUUCAGACCCACACGUGACUGAGUAGCCUGCAGGUCCGUUCCACUCUGAUUUCUCUUUUUCCAUUCAAACAUAAUGAAAGAGAGGAUUCUUCUGUUCAGAGUGGUUUCACAUAGCGAUUGGUCUCCUGUAGCGUCAGGAAAAAAACCCUUUCAGCCAAUGAUAUCUUUAAAAGAGCGAAUGGAAAAAUAAAAGUCAUAUUGGUGCCAACCAUCUGAGAUUGACAGAUAGGGGAAUAGAAUCAGAUAUCAUAGCUAAUACUAUCAACUAUAUUAUUUAAGAGACAGAUUUAAGAUUUUAUUACCAUUGAAUGAUUUAUUUAUUUAAGCCUCAUGCCCUACAUGCCUCCUCUUACCUCCCAAAGUCCCGUGCCACUUAUUUAUUUCCUGUCAUGAAAAAAUGAAAAUGGGGUGCACCGAUACCUGUUCAGAAGGUGGAAAGCAGCCCUCCAAUGACAUCUUGUUCUCUGUGUGGUGCUUGACUCUUCGAUGUGAAUCUGUGUAAAAAGAGAAGACUGCACGAGGAGAACAAUAUCAUUUGAGGCAGCCUCUGUCUGGGGAGAUCUUUUUCUUUUUUUUUUUAAAUACCCUCUCCUCCCCUGAUCACCAACAGGGAACCAUAACCCCCACCAUCUGUCACGUUUCUCUUUUCAUAGAGAAAAAGUACAGCUCUCCAUUUACAACUGUGCACCCAGAAAUUUCAUCUUCCCAUCCCUAUAUUCUCUUUACCCAUCACAUAUCAGUCCUCAUAUCCUAUUUCCAUUUUCACCUUAAACGCACCGUACUGUAUAUAUAUAUAUUAUGAUUAUACCAGAUUUUUUUUUUUUACUGUGAAUGUUUUUGUGCUGCACCCCAUCCUAUUAAGUAGUUUAUUGGUUGCUCUCAUGUGGAAUGUUUGUGCUGAGCCAAUCGAAUGUUGUGUUUACAUUAAAGCCACACUUUUCCUAACUA